AUGAUUCAGUAUAAAGGAUUAAGCAGUAGUGCUAUUAUCAUUUUAUUAUACAUUAUUAUAUAUUCUAUUAUUAUUGCUAUACAUACGUUAUUAUACGUAGACGUAGCGCAAACGGAACAAACAGAACCGUUGGAUUUAUCAAUAUCAAAAGUGAAAGAGGAAGGAAAUAAAUCGCAAGGCUUAUCAGUGAAAAGAGUGAGUGAUGAACGAAUUAAACCGCGACGACUUGUUCCAAUCGAAAAACUGACGGAAGUAAUUGAACCAGAAAAAGAAAGCACAGGAAAGAAACGGCGUUGUGAUAUAUGUCAAAAGGAAAUAACACAUAUGAAAAAACAUGUGAUGACUCAUACCGGUGAAAAGCCGUAUAGUUGUCCAGUAUGCAAGAGAAAUUUCACUCAAUUCGGGCAUAAUCAAAAACAUAUGAUGACUCAUACUGGUGAAAAGCUGUACAGUUGUUCGAUAUGCAAAAAGAAUUUCAGUCGGUCCAACAGUAUGAAAGCACAUAUGGUGAUUCAUACCGGUGAAAAGCCUUACUGUUGUUCGAUAUGCAAAAGGAAUUUUGGUGAUCUCCGUAAUAUGAAAAGACAUAUGACGAUUCAUGCUGGUGAAAAGCCGUACAGUUGUUCGAUAUGCAAAAAGAAUUUCACUCGGUCUGACAGUAUGAAAUCACAUAUGAUGAUUCAUACGGGUGAAAAGCCGUAUAGUUGUUUGAUAUGCAGAAAAGGUUUCAUACAUAAACACCAUUUGCAGUCUCACAUGGCAACUCAUGAAAUGAAUAGACCUGUCUACCACUAUACUGUAUGCAGUAAAGAUUUUCAGGCUAAAUCCGGCUUGAAAUCGCACAUGAAGAAUCAUUAA